UUCAGCUGAGCUGUUCGUUGUUGAUCCCACCAACAGCCCUUUGGGGAUUGCUGCCAAUUAGACAGCGGUAAGAUUUUAAGGCUAUGGAGCUGUCUGACAUUGCUUGCGUAUUAUACAGUCUUCUUGCGGGUGGACUGAAAAGGGCUUUGGCGUCUAACUUAGUUGUUGGCCUCAACCGGACCUGAAUUCGGUAUACUCUCGCUGUUGUGCGCUACCGAGGUAUUCUUACUCAGCCCUAAUAGUUAUAGUUAACAGCAAAGAGCUUAUACCUUUUAAGGGUUAGUGGUGGGCCUUGGGCAUGGAUGUACUAGCACGCAGAUAGCUCUAUAAAAGCAGCGAAAUACUCUGCUGCAGUGGUGAAGUAACGAUCUUCACUCCCAGCCAUCCCAUCAAGUGCAAGCACAUCAUUGCAGCUUCCAGAGAUGAUUGAAACUACUUCUUCCACGCUUCCUCCGACUACAGGAAAGAAUACUGCUUCCCCCAGCCUUCCAGAUAUCUCUCCAUCCGAGAUGCAAAAGAUCCAGCAACGGUACGCCGAAGAGCGCGACAAGCGUCAGCGUCCCGAGGGCCUAUCACAGUACAUCAGCCUGGCCUCAGCCGAGGACCCUCAAUUGAAACGUCUCCUACAUGAUCCGUGGGACGGUGGGACCUCUCCCUCUGUGUCCCUGGAGGAAGGGGCCCGCUUCAAGGUCGUCAUCCUGGGCGCCGGGUUCGGCGGGCUCCUGUUCGCCGUCCGACUCCUCCAAACCGGCUGCUUGCGCCAGGAGGAGAUUGUCCUCGUCGACGUGGCGGCGGGCUUCGGGGGGACGUGGUACUGGAACCGGUAUCCGGGACUGAUGUGUGAUAUCGAAAGCUACAUCUAUUUGCCCUUGCUCGAGGAGACGGGAUACAUUCCCAAGCGGAAGUACGCUUCCGGGGAGGAGAUUCGCGAACAUGCGCAGCGCAUCGCCGCGCACUGGUCGCUGGAGGACCGCGCCAUGUGGCGAACGCAGGUGAACCAGUGUUCUUGGAGUGAUGAAGCGGCUGAAUGGUCGCUCGACAUGACUCAAUUUCCGCCUCCCUUGGAUAAUGAUGGAACCAAAGGCGAAUCCUUUUCAGCGACCGUCCAUGCGGACUUUGUGAUUCUCGCACCUGGGCCACUGAAUCUACCCAAGGUGUCUGAUUUCGCUGGUUUCGAUUCCUUCCAGGGCUCCCGUUUUCUGGCAUCCCGGUGGGAUUACGACGUUACUGGGGGUAGCCCCGAGACCCCUGUCUUAAGUAGAUUGGGGGGCAAACGAGUUGGGAUCAUCGGGACCGGGGCAACUGGCAUCCAGAUUGUCCCUGAAUUAGCCAAAUGGUGUCAACAGUUAUAUGUCUUCCAGCGGACGCCCGCGCAAGUCGGUGUGCGAGACCAACGCUCCACAGACCUAGACGAGUGGACCAAGAACGUCGCCACGGGACCUGGUUGGCAAAUGGCGCGGUUCCGCAACUUCGUCUCCUUUACGUGUGACACGCAGCCUCCGCCCCCCAUCGACUUGGUGGCAGAUGGAUGGACUAGCUUUCGUUCUUUGCAGGUCCUCGGAGGCGGAGGCAGUCCGCCCAGCAUGGAGGAGAUCCCCGCUCAUAUUACCAAGAUGCACGCUUUUGACCUACCUCGAGCGGAGCGCAUCCGGGCCCGCGUCGACGAGAUAAUUCAUGAUCGGACGGUAGCCGAACAGCUGAAAGCGUGGUAUCCCAGCUGGUGCAAACGGCCCUGCUUCCACGACGAGUAUCUGCCGACCUUCAAUCAGCCGCAUGUGCGACUGGUCGAUACCAACGGCAAAGGGGUGCAAGCCAUCACACCCACCGGAGUGGUAGCCAACGGUGAGCAGUUCGAUGUGGACGUCCUGAUUCUCGCCAUGGGAUACGACGUGAAACCGCUCGAAAGCCCUGGGGCGCGAGCGAAGGUCUCGGUGUUUGGACGUGCGGGUCGCAGUAUGGAUGAGAAAUGGGUGCAGAGCCCCAUGACUCUACACGGCGUCGCCACCAGUGGCUUCCCCAACAUGUUCUUCUCGGGUGUUGGCCAGACAAGCUAUUUCCCUUCAUACACAGCGACGCUGGAUACAUGCGCCAAGCAUGUGGCCUUCGUCAUUUCCGAAGUUAUCAAGCGGCAGGGUAGCGGCAAGAUGACUAUCCAAGUUACUCAGGAUGCAGAGACAGCUUGGGGGCUGCGAGUCCAGGCCGGUGCUCCGGCCCUGGCAGCCUUGGCGGGUUGCACCCCGUCGUACUUGAACGCCGAAGGCAGCCUAGAAGACGUGUCGAUGGAGGAAAGAAUGAAGUUGGCGGCUUCUGCACGGUGGCCACACGGGAUGGCCGAUUGGAUGGAUGUUUUGGAGGAGUGGCGGGAUGCUGGUGACUUGGCUGGGCUUCAGAUCAGUGUCGUAUAGAGACGGUGUCUGCGGUAGGAAAUUGAAAACAAGAAGUUCAUGGCAAUGUCUCAGUGGGUAGAUAUUGGGGAGGAGCACAGUCAAAAUGUCGAUCCGUCCCUCACCCUGUAGCCU